ACUCCUGCAAGGUCCAAUGCUUCGAGUGACCGAGUAAGUGGGAGGUCCUGUAGCGCGUCUUCGAUGAUGGUCUCCACCUCCUCACUACCCUCGACAACUUCUCCAAUGCGGUUGCGACUGGCUUCCUCGAACUGACGUAGAAUGGCCUCAGUCUUUUCGACUUCCGUCUCCCAUUUAAGAUUCGGAGCGCCGUUGUUCGGGUUCCCAGCAGCAUCCAGCGUGUUGGCUGUUGCGAGCUCUAGGUCUGGUUGAUGCACGAUCAUCGUCGGGUGUUUCGUCACACGUACUCCGUUCCACAGCCAUUGCGGAGCGUCGGCAGUCACGACGAUCUCCUCUGAAAAGGCUGCCAGAUACUCGGAUUCAUCCUUCUCGAUGCCAUGAUCCCGUGUGAAUCUGGACAGAUACAAGCACACGCACUACGGUCAGCUAUCUAAGUACAACAGUAUCGCUUGUAUAGAUAAUUGCAAUGCACCUGCAGAACUCCGAGACUGUUGCGAGUUUGGUCCAAUUCUGGAGCUUUCGGAGGAUCAUGACGACGAUUCCCGUGACAUUGGAUCCGUCCAGGCAGUGAAUAUACAGCGGUAAGUUCUUCUUCUGUACGAGGAUUUCUACGAUUUGUGCUGCCGUCGCAGGCGACACGGUCACAUUAUCGGACGUGAACUUCUCAGCGUAGAAGUGCAAUUGCGUGAUCUUCUCGUUGGCGCAAAAAUCUGCCAGGUCGCUCGUGGGCGGCUCCGGGAUCACAGACACCAGAGUCUUCAGUCCAAGACGACGCAGGAAGCGGAAGUUCUUGAGCGUCGGGUACGCGCCGCGGUACAGCCCCUGCUGCACCGUACUGAAGCGGAAGGGCGGAAUCAACGCUGGCGCCGUAGCGUUCAUGGUCCCAGCUCAAUUAUCAAGCAUCAAGAGCUCAAUUGGUACAUUGUACCUAUUGAUGCCGUAUCAUUGUGAUAAAGACGCUACGAAUUUACAAAAUAGAGCUCUUCAUAUUCCAACUUGCAUCAAGUAAGAGGGAGUAAAGUAGCCAAAGGUGGCAGCCAUGCUUGUGAUGAUCAACGCGACGGACAACCCAUGGAUGGUGGCGCUGCUGCUAUUCGUGCAGGUGGUGAUGCCUCUGCUGCAGAGCAAUGCUGCGGACAACGAGGGCGCGUCGCUGGCUCUCAACGUCGCCAUCCUGUUCCUGCUGGGACUCUCACUCAUGACUUUCUGGAAGGCCGCGCGCUUCUGUCGCGUGUUGUACCAGCUCCGUGGACGGCACCCUGAAAUGGGCUGGGUGGCUUUUUUCCGCGAGGCCUACACGCAGGUAUCGGCAGCAGCGGCACAACGCGAUAAUAACAACCAGAACCGGGCCGCACAGGAAGAUGCACGCUCCGAGACGUUCAACCGAACGCUGCGAACCAUCCAGGUGAUGCCCACCGAAGAGUUUAAGACACCCGAAGAGCUCAACGAAGCCAGCAUCGCUGAACUCAAGCAGCGACUUGAGCGUCGUGAUGUGGACUUUGCUGGCUGCGUGGAGCGCCGAGAGCUUGUAGAUCUGCUGGUUAAGUACAGAGGAGGCCCGUCCAACAACGACACGUGCUGUAUUUGCUGCGAAGAGUACCAGACGGGAGACGUGCUGCGUCUGCUACGCAAGUGCAAGCAUGAGUUUCAUCUCGAGUGUCUGGACAAGUGGGCCUUCACCUCAGUAAGCUCGCAGCGCGCGCCGUCCUGCCCACUCUGCAAUCAAGGCCUGGAGUAGCUCCCAAGCCGUUUUUUUUUUUUUACUGCUGGAUCCACCUCGUGAAUAUUCCGCCUCAAGAUCGUGUUGCAAGGCCGAGAACAAGUUUUAUUUUUUGUAAUUGCUGAAAUUGUCGAGCGAAUAGUCUUCAUCGGAGAGACAAUGGUGGAAAUGGCGGACGUUUUCAAUUUUUGCGUAGAUUGUGCGCUGUACGAUAACGAUUGGUCAGUUAUUAAUAAAGGGAUGAAAUUUAAGCCAAUAGGAAUGGAUUAAAAACUUUUA